AUGCCCCAACCUCAGAUGGUCACAGGCUUGCCUUCAAGGAUGGAUUGCGCUCUGCUGCUCGUGACCCUAAUGGUGGCUCUGACCGGAACCGUGACCCCGCAGACAUCUUCAGAGCCGUGCCCAAAGAGGCUGGUGGGAGAAGAGAGAAGAAGGACGUGUCCCCGUCCGUGCAAAGCCGACCUCGAUUGUGGCAGCAAACGGCAGUGUCUGUGCGACGGGCAGUGUGGUCUCAGCUGUGUGGCUCCAGGUCGCACGUGCCCGUGGCCCUUGGCCCCCAGAGAGGACGCGGUGGCUCGUCUCCUCCAUCCCACUCAUUCCUUUUCGGCCCUGCUGGAAGUGCGAUGCAAACCGGGUUUGACGUUACCCAGCGGCCUGGAUGUCGUCAUUCGCCGUUGUCAGGGUGACCGUCGGUGGAGUGGGGACGAGCCCAUCUGCACAGAAGCUGUCCUUCCUGAACCCGGCUCGUCCCCCCCGAAGUGCCCUCUUCCCAAGGAAGUGACGAGCACCUUUACCAUCGAGGGCACCGCCACCGUUGGGACGUCUAUCCGCUACAGCUGCCAGUCAGGGGCCGACAUAGUGGGAAGCGCUGAGAAUUACUGCCAGGAGAAUCAAACCUGGCAGUAUCCACACCCUGUCUGUAAAAAGGUAUACUGCAAAUCUCCUGGCGAGGUGCCGCAGGGCUACGUGGUGGCCGUCCAGAAGACUGAGUACGAGGUGGGCUUCGACAUCCAUUACCUUUGCAAGAAGAACUUCCACCUGGACGGACCCCAAAAGGUCACGUGCUUGGCUAACGGCAGCUGGAGCGCAGCGCCCCCGUUCUGCAGGGCUCGCUGCCUCAUCCCGGCCGUGAGGAGCCGCGUAAUGAUUGACGGCGUGAAGCGUUGGCCCUUUGACAUCACCGACACGAUGGUCCCUCACGGAGAGAACGUCACCUUCUUCUGCAAGCACCUCCACAAGCACUGCAGCUUCAGCGUUGCGCAGUCGUGUUUCGACGGCGAGCUGCGGCCACCGGCCUGCUACCUCGAGCCCACAUGGCUGCAGUUUCAACUCUUCCCUCACCGGCUCGUUUCUGAGAUUGAAACGUGUGACGCCGCCGACGUGGAAACCUUCUGA